AUGGCAGUCAUCGUUUGGUCCAUGCUGUACCUCACUGUUCUUCUGUUCUCCCUGGGAAAUGCGGCACUAACUGACUCCCCACCUGGCGACUCGUGCUCAGCUGGCGUAACUGGCAGCCCUGGGCACAACGGACAGCCUGGCAGAGAUGGCAGAGACGGCAAAGAUGGGCGAGACGGAGCCACAGGACCUAAAGGGGACAGAGGAGAACCAGGUGACCCAGUGCCUGGCCCACCAGGUAAAAUGGGUCCCGCUGGCCCACCAGGUCCCAGAGGAGAAAGGGGGGACAUGGGAGUACCAGGUAGCCUAUUAGCUUACAACGUUUUUUUUCUUGCAGAGCAUGAUAUGGACAACAUGAUGUUGAGGAUUUCUCUUGUGGAAAAGGCUGCAAGUUUCCGCAUCUUCAGAAAGGUGGGAGGCAAGUAUUACGCCACAGAGGGCCUGCAAAGCUCAUUUGAUACGGGUCUGAAAUUCUGCAGAGAUGCUGGAGGUGAUCUUGUGUUGCCCCAAAAUGAAAAGGAGAAUGACGUUCUUGCGAGUAUGUUGGCACAAGUAGGGGGAAGUCAUGGAUGGCUCGGGACAACGGACAGAAAGACUGAAGGGACUUUUCUGGACACGAAGGGGAAUCCUCUGAACUUCACAAAAUGGGGGGAAGGAGAGCCAAAUAACCAUGGAAAUGGGGAAGACUGUGGCCUGAUCUUUCAAAACUCAGGAGGGUGGAAUGAUGGUGGCUGUGAUAGUAAUUUUCACAUAGUAUGCGAGUUAAAUAACUGAAGGACAAGAAGGCUCAGCUGAUGAAACAGGCCUAUAACACCAGCCAAAAAAUCCUUCCUAUCACGACUGUCUGAGAAUUUGAUUUAGCUUUGUAAAU